AAUAAUUAUAAACUUAAGCCAGUACCAUCAACUAUCAAUCUUGUACAAAUCGGAUUUGGGAAAGGAUUCAAAGCAAAUACACACAUAAUAUUUAAAGGAGUACCUCUUCAAGGGGCCAAUCUAUUUACAAUUAACUUUGUUGAGGAUGGCGAAAUGUUCAAAACUGCAAACGCGCCAUUCUGCUUUAAUCCACGUUUGCAAGCUGGCGUGGUAGUUACGAACAGUUGGACAGUAAAAAGUGGAUGGGAUGUUGACCAUAUUUAUGGUAAUCCAUUUAGAGUUGGAGAACCUUUUAUUUUGGAAUUCAGAUUUGGGCAAUAUUUACAGAGAGAUUCGAUAUCUAUUUAUGUCAAUAAUAAAUUUCUUGCAACCUACUCUUAUUUCGGUUUGAAGGGUUAUCACGAUUUGAAGAAUGUUACUCAUCUAUAUAUUUCUGGGUUUCGAUUAGACACUUUGAUUUUGUGCCCAAAUGAUUAUUUAUCAACUACAACACAAGAACCAACCUACGCAAUUGAAGAAUAAAAAGAGACUAAAGUUUUAUCUGUAUUAAGAGACAUGUGCUUAAAGAUUAUUAUUAUCGAAAAUAUUGUUGUUAAGAUGAUAAAAUUUUUAAAAUAUUUAAUAGCCUAGAACAAAAAAGAAAACGAAAAUCAGAGGCCCUCCCUUCAAAUCCGUCUUAAUUCCUCCAAAUCCUCUUAAUCUCCGAUAUCUCACAAAUCCUUUGAUACCAUGUAUAUC